AUGUACUACUAUGUCUCGUUUCUCAGACCACCGCCUCUACAAUUCUCCAACGACCUCCGCACAGAACCUUACGAAUCACCCCUCGAUAUCUUUUACUUCUGGACUCCGUCAUGGAAUGCUGCUCGACCUCAUCCCACCCCAAUCACUAAACCUGUGAAACUUACGACUUGGCGAAACGCGAAUGCGUACAAAGAACUCUCAGUAGCGCCCCCACCGCGAGUGAAGAAUGGAGAUCAAUGUUGUCUAGUAUUGACGGCGCAUUCGAACGCGACCAUGGACAUUGAUUUGACGCAAACUGGACGGGGGAACGGGAUACGGAGUACUGUGUUGGCGGUACCACUGCCAGUGUCGUCUCUUCCCAUCACUUUUGCUGCUCGCUUGCCUGGGGGGAAACAGCGGAAGCAGGAGUCUAUCUUGCGGUCGUUUCGACUUUUCGACUUUUCGAAGGAGGAUGCGGAAGUCAAUGAGAACACGCUGACUAUAAAAGAGCAGACAUCUUUCGAUCUUGACAAAAAAUUAUGGGACAGUGGGUUAGGGCUGAGUGCAUGGCUUGUAGAGCUGUCGAAAGGCAUAACCUCAACCACAGAAAAAGAUUCGCUCGUUCAGCAACUUCGAAGAGUGCUGUUAGAGAAGGAAGGGUGCGAUAUCAUCGAGCUAGGUGCAGGAACAGGAAUCGUCUCUCUCGUCCUCGCCGCCCUUCGUUCUCGCUCGUCUCAAAUCGAGACUAGGAAGAAGACUAGAAUCAUCAGCACGGACCUGCCGUCUUCGAUGGAACUCAUGAACCAUAACAUCUCCCAAAAUAUGAGCCUCUUCCCUGUGUGUCCUCCAGAAGCUCUUCCACUAGAUUGGGACGAAGAUCUUCCCACAGAAGUGGUGGAAAUAGGAGGAUUCGACCUCAUUGUCAUGGCUGACGUAACAUACAACACCUCGUCCUUCCCCUCCCUCGUGAAGACUCUUUCACGCUUUCUCUCAUUCCCCUCCGCAUCGUCUCCGACCGUUCCAAAUUAUACUGUUCGUGAGCCGCCUUUAGUCCUGCUGGCGUACAAGCAACGUGAUCCCGCAGAGCGAGAUCUUUGGAAUAUGGUAGAGAAAAACACGGGCAUGAAGCUUGUAAGAAUAGGCGGGGAGAGCGGUGCUGGCGGAGAGGAGGUUGAGAUCUGGAUGGGUGAGGGCGUGAGGCGAUGA